GCAGGAUUUUGAGCUGUUGUUUGCUUUGAUAUCUGCUUCUUAACAUCAUGAAGAUGAGAGUCCGUCACUUCCUUGGAGCAGGCUGGGCUGUGAGGAGGCUGCCUUUGGAGGUGAAAUCCUGGCACUCCAGCUGCUGCCGUGGGAGAAGAGACCAACAUCCACGUGGCUUCAACCUCCUUUGUUGCAGAGAGCAAGAAGGGCUCAUUGCUGACUGGAAGAUAAUUAAUCAAGCUGUAGCUAUCCUGUCCUAAUGUCAGGGGAGUCAUUCCUCUGAACUUCAUGUCCAGCUGCUAGACCGGCCAGCUUCUCACAAGGACAAAUGGGAUGUUGGGGAACAAAUGGCACAGGAUGCACCAUUCAGGCAGCUGUCCAUGUGUGACACGCGAUUUGUACCCAUGCAAUCAGAAUGGACUAGAACAUGAAGAUAAUAUCCGGCUACAGAAGAACCAGACAGUACCAAAGAGAACAUCAUUCUCCUCAAGAGAGAAUGAAGUUAGUGAAGUCAAGUGUUGGGGAAAGACCCUGAAUAACCACAACAUCAAGUAAAGGGAUUACAAUGGUUGAUACAGAAAUGCCGUUUUGGCCCAUUAAUUUUGGAAUCAGCCCAGUGGACCUGUCUGCCAUGGAGGAUCACACACAUUCCUUUGACAUAAAGCCCUUCACCACCGUCGAUUUUUCAAGCAUUUCUUCACCUCACUAUGAAGAUAUUCCUCUGGCAAGAACGGAUCAGACAAGCAUCGAUUACAAAUACGACAUCAAGCUCCAGGAUUGCCAAAGUGCAAUCAAAAUGGAGCCUCCUUCCCCACCCUACUUCUCAGAAAAAGUUCAGCUGUACAACAAACCUCACGAGGAGUCUUCCAACUCCCUCAUGGCUAUCGAGUGCCGCGUGUGCGGGGACAAAGCCUCCGGCUUCCACUACGGUGUGCACGCCUGCGAGGGCUGCAAGGGCUUCUUUCGAAGAACAAUCAGGCUAAAGCUAAUUUACGACAGGUGUGAUCUGAACUGCCGCAUCCACAAGAAGAGCAGAAACAAAUGUCAGUACUGCAGGUUUCAGAAGUGCCUCGCCGUGGGAAUGUCCCACAAUGCCAUCAGGUUUGGGCGAAUGCCACAAGCGGAGAAGGAGAAGCUCUUGGCAGAGAUUUCCAGCGACAUCGACCAGUUAAACCCUGAAUCUGCUGAUCUCCGAGCACUUGCCAAGCAUUUGUAUGACUCAUACAUAAAGUCCUUCCCUCUGACCAAAGCCAAGGCGAGGGCAAUCUUGACAGGAAAGACGACAGACAAAUCACCUUUUGUUAUUUAUGACAUGAACUCUUUAAUGAUGGGAGAAGAUCAGAUCAAGUGCAAGCACGUGUCCCCGCUGCAGGAGGAGAACAAAGAGGUGGCCAUCCGCAUUUUCCAGCGAUGCCAGUUCCGCUCCGUGGAGGCAGUGCAGGAGAUAACAGAAUUUGCCAAGAACAUUCCAGGUUUUGUGAACCUUGACCUGAAUGAUCAAGUAACUCUCCUGAAAUACGGGGUCCAUGAGAUCAUAUACACCCUACUGGCUUCUCUGAUGAAUAAGGAUGGAGUUCUCAUAUCUGAGGGACAAGGAUUCAUGACACGGGAGUUUCUGAAGAGCCUGAGAAAACCUUUUUGUGACUUUAUGGAGCCCAAGUUUGAGUUUGCUGUGAAGUUCAAUGCACUGGAAUUAGAUGACAGUGACCUGGCAAUAUUUAUAGCUGUCAUUAUACUAAGUGGAGAUCGCCCAGGUUUGUUAAAUGUGAAGCCCAUUGAAGACAUCCAAGACAAUCUGCUGCAAGCCUUGGAGCUCCAGCUAAAGCUGAACCACCCCGAAUCCUCCCAGCUGUUUGCAAAGCUGCUUCAGAAAAUGACGGACCUCAGACAGAUUGUCACAGAACACGUGCAGCUGUUGCAAAUCAUCAAGAAAACGGAGACAGACAUGAGUCUUCACCCACUCCUACAAGAGAUCUACAAAGACUUGUAUUAGUGCCCACAGCAGCUCUGACCGGCUGACAUGAUGUAUGUUCUUCAGAUUGCACUAUUUCUUUAAGGGAAAACUUUUGCAUACCUAAGAAAUUAACUGUGAAACAGCAUUUAAAGAGAGAGAGAGAGAGCUUAGUAUAGCAGAUAUAUUUUAUGCCUAUUGUUUAUAAAGACACAUUUACAAUUUACUUUUAAUAUUAAAUAUAUAUAUAUCUAUAUAAUGAAAUUGUUGGCAGUAUUUUCAGAAUGAAUUUCUGGGGUUUUUUAACUGUCCUCUUUCUUCAGAUUGCCUGUCCAAUAUGAUUGAUGCUCCACCUAAGUUGGUUAAGCCUGCAGUUAAACUCUCCACUUGAAAAUUUAAAAACAUCCCCCC